UUGAUACAGCUAUAUCUAUCAUGGAUCGUUCGUCAAGAUGAACCAGGCAGUUUUCUCUUGGUACCCGAGCUUGCCAGCAGAGAGUCUGGACGUGGCCCAUUCAUGACUCGCAUACAUUAGCGUUCAAGUUGCUCUCAGACAUCAUUUCCCCACAAGGCCCCUAACAUACUUCAACAAUGUAUCCUCCACCCAGUCUUAGCUCAUUACCCAACGAGCUCCUGAUCUCGAUCCUCUCCGAGCUCCCAACUCCCUCCCUCUUACCACUCAUCGUGGUCAGCCACCGCUUCUACUCGGCGACGCUUCGCGUCCUCAAGCACCGCCUGAAGCACGCCACCUCUCAGCGGGAUCACCGCCUAGUGCUCAAGUGCUUCCAUCCAGCCGAUGAGUUCCGGGCGCCUCACUUCUACUGCAACUAUCUCUUCACCGAUAGCUUUGAUGGCGUGGAAGCAGAGGCAGUUGGUGUCGACCCACGAAGGGCCCUACCAGGGUCAGGCCGCUCAACCGGCCUCAGGGGGAUUUACUCGCACUUUCGGCCGGUAGUGGAGGACGAGAACCGGCCUUCGGACGCGCAAUACCAACGGCGGGAAAGCAUUCGGCACCCCGAGAAGGACGGGCCACGACCGACGGUUGAUGUCUACCUAGACCCGGAUGAGCUCUUCUCGCAGCUGUGCACCGUCCCGAAGUUGGUCCAGAUGGGCCCCAAGCCCGGACUGUUCGGGAGCCACGUCAACGUGGUCGAUGGGCUAAUCCGCGUGUGGCGUGAUUGGUUGGCCGCGCAGGCGAGCCGAGAGACGCCGGCAGCAGGAGAUGCUUGCGAGGCGCCGGUGCUGUGGGCCGACUCGGACCGAGACGUGGGACUGCGCUUCCGCGUCACAGAGAAGGAUGUCCGUGGCGAGCAGGACGUGCUUGUAGCACGUGACGACGAGCUACCGGUCGCGUACCGGCUCGAAUUUGAGGAGCUGCUGGUGCGGAGCAGUAAGCUGCUCGAGAUGGUGGAGAAGUCAGAGGCGCGGGAAGCGCAAACGGAAGCGGGACUGAAACAUAGCGUUUCGGUGCUGUUCCGUUCUAGCUGUAUGCCAUCUAACCGUUGCAGUUUUCUGGGAUUCCGAGUGUUGGCGGCGGAGGCUCUCUCGCACAUCCCUUUAGCUCAUCGAUCGAAAGGAGUGAUGGUCGAAAGAUGCCCUAGCGUAUAACCAGGCGGGACUACAACAUGCACUCACUUCCUCUUGGGUAGAAGAUUUCACUGACAGUCGCCCCACGUUUAGGUUACAGUUAUUUCUUUGACCCCCGGGAGCUC